UAAUUAUCAUAUUUUGAAAAAUUCAAAUAUAUUGUUUUUAUCUUAGAUUAAAGUCCAAAUGUCAUGUGUAAACUAAUGUUUUCGUAAAAACUCAUUGUCAGAAGCACCGAAAUUCUUUUUGUUAUAAUGUAUAGCUUACCGGUACGUAUGGGCGAAUGGUAUACUUUGACGGCAGAUCUAAACGACCUAAUGGAACGGCUAAAGUACGAAAAAUCGAUGGGGCUGAUGGACUCGCAAAAGCUGAACAAAAUUAGGGAGAACUUGUACUCGCCCACGAAAAAAAUGACAGCUAAAGGACCGGCCUUUUACGGUAGCCCUUACCAGUUGAUCAACAGUGACUUAAUAAAAGCUCCUACUGGCCCCAACAAAUACAUCAGCUUAAGUCUGGCGGGCACAAUAGAUGAAGUAGGGGUGCAAAAAUACGACACCCUGGUGGAUGGCUGUCAAAUUGUGGCCACCCCCACGAUUGAUCCCAUUAUGAGGAACACUUUUUGUUUUGAAACUGUGCAAGUGUGCGACAGCACUCGGGGGGACGUGACUUAUGAGGAGGAAAUGUACAUAAAAAUGGUGGGCGUACCAUUGUAUAUGAAAUUCACCAGUAACAUCUUGACGUUGGGUACUUCCGCACCUGUUAUGCUAACCUCAACACCAAACGAGUACUGCAAGUUCAAAAUUUUCUUCUGGGAACAUUGCAGAAGGCACACGGGGUUUAAUACGGUCAAAUUUGAUUCUCGGGUUAUAAUUAGGCACAUGGCGUCUGGCAAAAAUCUAAUUCUGAAGGAGUCCCGUAUACCCACCUUAUUUGGAAACGAAUAUGAAGUCACCUGCGACAUUAUUAAGGAUUCACAUAAGGCGGAAACUGCACAUAGUUUUUGGCGUAUAGUCUAAAUUUUAGCAGGAGCAUUCUGUAUUUUUGGCUGUAAUAUGUAAUUUAUUAAUAAAAUUUACUAUAACUGAUUCAAACAACUAGCUUUACUCAGUUGAAUAAUCUGUACAAUUUCCAAUCAGUUGUAAAAAUGACAUUUGCGCAUUUGUCAUUGUCAUUUUAGAGUUGUUUUUGAUUUCUACAUACAUUUUUUAUAGUUUUUUUUUCUAUUACAAUAAUGUACAGUUUACCUACCCGAAUGGGUUUCUGGUUCGAGACGACCGAGAACAAUAACUAUUACAUAAAUAAAUUAACCAAUGAAAAAAAUUUAGGUCUGUUAAUUUCGCAAAGGAUGGAGGACAUAAAAAAUAAGUUGUACACGCCCAUAACCAAAUUUGAAGGCAAGAACUGCGUUGUGUUCGGUCAUCCUUACCAAAUCAUCAACUGUGACUUCGAACAAAUCUGCUUGGGGAAGCCCAAUUAUUCGUCGCUGAGUUUGGCGGGCACCAUGAACGAGUUUGAGGUGAGGAAACGUGACACACUGUUCGACGAUUGCCAAAUUAUGGCUGCCCCGGUUGUUACCCCCAUCAUGAGGAACACGUUCGUUUUGGAAAGUGCCCAUCAGUGUCCGGAGUAUAAAGGGAACGCCGUUUAUGAAGAGGGUGUCUAUAUAAAAAUAAAAGAUUCUGAGGAGCCGCUUUACUUGUCGUUCAGUAGCACCUUGCUCACACUGGGGGAGUUCAAUCCGGUUAAAUUGACCUCGAAGAGGGACGAAUAUUGUACGUUUAAAUUGAUCUUCUGGGAUCCAAAGACUAGGUAUGCAAAAUUUCGAACCAUUGAGCUGAACACCAGAAUCAUCAUACAACAUAUGGCGACUGGAAAGAAUUUGGUGGUGGCCAAGUCUCUUGUGCCCACAAUAUUUGGUCUUGAGUAUGAGGUCACGUGCAACCUCAUGAGGAAUUGCCACAAAAUGGAGACUGCUGAUAGUUACUGGUUGAUCAGAUAAAAGGUCUUUGAUGUUGUUGAUUUCUUUUUAAAUUUCUCUUGCUAGAUAUGUAUUUAAGGGAUUUACAUUUUAAGGUAAAUAAUAGAGCUCUUUGUGAGGCCAAAGGCAAAGAAGACUUGAAUUUUUACAAUAUGGAUAUUAAAAUUCUGGAUUAUAUGUCAAUAUUGAUUAUCAAAUGAAGUGUGACAAACGUCUUAUAUGCUGCAUGUACAUAUACAAUUUUAAAUAAUUUUUAAUGAUGUACAGUUUACCCACCCGCAUGGUUGGAUGGUUUGAUUCUACAACAAACUGCAACUUCUUCGAGGAGAAGUUAAAGUAUGAAAAGUCUAGAGGUAUGUUGUGUAGUCAAAAAUUGGCGGCUGCCAAGAAGAAAUUGUACACACCAGUGCCUAAAUUGGGAGGAGCAAGAACAGUUAUGUAUGGCAAUCCAUACCAAAUCAUCAAUCGGGAUUUCGAAAAGGAUUGUUUGCACAAAAAGAACUACCAACAUCUGUGUCUGGCAGGAACAAUGAACGAUUUGGAAGUGGAGAAAUACGGCACCCUUUCGGAGGGCUGUCAAGUGAUGGCCAUCAACACCACGUCCACCAUCAUGAGAAACACCUUCUCCUUAGAGAGCUCCCAUCCAUGUUACAAAUUCACAGGCAACAUCAUUUACGAAGAAAGUGUCUACAUCAAAACGGUGGGCACUGAGGUGCCGCUCUACGUGACAUUCAUGGAAAGCUUCCUCACCCUCGGUCACAUGUCACCGGUCACCUUAACGUUGAAACCGACCGUCUACUCAAAAUUCAAGAUAUCCUUCUGGAAACCGGACACGAGGUCCACCAAAUUCAGGACCAUCGAAGUGGAUCAAAGACUGAUCAUCAAACAUUCGGCGACCGGGAAAAAUUUGGUGUUGACUCACUCCCGCAUACCCACGGUGUUUGGGUCGGAGUAUGAGGUGACGUGUGACACUCUAAGGGACACGCACAAAAUGGAGACUGCUGAAAAUUUUUGGGUGAUCCUAUGAAAAUUGUUGCAGUCCUCGCAAUGGAGGAACUGUCUAAAAAUGAAUAGCCUUAUACAAUAAUGUUAUCUUAGCAUUACAUUAUUUUUAGUACAGUAAUCUUAAUAUACAAUAUUAUAUUAAC